GGCAUCAUCCCCUGUUCCGCCACCUCCUUUGGCUGAAGAACUUCUUGCUAAACCCUCUUCCUUCCUUCGGUAACCAUCGGGGCUUCCUAGUGUAUCUACAGCCAGCAACAUCUGUCUUAUUUUUGUUCCUUCCUGUGUUGAGCUGACAGUAAUCCCACCUGCGUUGAAGCGGCACAAACGCAUACCGACGCCUCGUUUUUCUCUUGUGUCUGUCUUGGUCGUACGGCGGACACAUUUCACAGCCCACCUCGGUAUUCCUCGAGUUGGAGGAGGACUUCUUUCUCACGCAACAUACCUAUCAGAACAUAAUCGUACCACAUGAACCCAAAGCAGCGUCCAAUCGGAUUAACCAGGCACCCAAAGGAAGACUUCUAGAAGUAUUGGUGCUUCUAGAGUCUCUCGAUCACACUAUUGUGUUUAAUAUUAUAAUAACCCCCUCGCCGAGAAACCACUGGAUCCCCCCUACCUAAUCAACAAGCCACGACAUCACCAAGACCCUCUAUAAUUCCCUAAUCACUAUUCCAACAUCAAACGACUCAUAUUCUUAAUUCUUUAUUAUUUUCACAAUGGAGUUCUCCAACGACGGCAGCUCCAUCUUUCACCGGUUCCAAGCCGCCUUCGUCCACGACGGGCAGGGGCAGCUGCUGUACUGCACCGGGCCGCAGAAAGCCUGCGUACAGCAGCACUGGACCUCGUUCAUCAGCCACAACCUCCCUAGCCAGAAGUUUCAGACGGCAAGAGAAACGACAACGGCACCAAGCGAAGGCGUGUCCACAAAUCUCGACGGGCCGUUUCAAGGCUCGAAACUCUAUGAGAUGCGACGGAGCGAUUCACACACGACGGCGGGCUUCAUCAUCGACGCCGCCGCUACGUCUCAACAAAACGCAGCCAGCGCACAGUUUGAUGACUUUUUUGUCCAACUGCUCUUAGACCAAGCCGACUUUGCCAUCCGCGACCAUGAGCAUCUAAGUUGUGGCCCUUCUACGGCCUCUCCAAUGGACGCUACAUCCGAGAUCGUCAGCCUGUUUGAUAGCUUUCUAAGAUAUCAGGGCAAGGACGACCAGUGGGAAGCGAGCGGCAAAGCGUAUUUCACAGAGCGUGUUCGACACUUUACCUCGCAGCAGGCAACAAUCGAACUCUGUCUUCCUGCGUUCCCGUGCAAAUCGUCAAAUACCAACAAGGUCCUCGGGAAAGCCCCUGACCGCGGGGAACAGCUCGCUCUGGAGCGGCUUCACGAGUUUGUAGAGGCUAUUGAAAGGGUGUAUGAGCCCGGUGCCAAGAUGUGGAUUAUCAGUGACGGUCACGUCUUUAGCGAUUGCAUCGGAGUCGACGAUGAAGAUGUCGAUGUGUACGGCGAGCAGUUGAAGGAGAUGAACCGCGCAGUCGGCAUCAGCAGAGGCAACACUAACAGAAUCGGCUUCAAGUCGCUCGUCGAUCUGUUUGAACUCAACGAGUCAAAGUCGCAGCACAAGCUCUCGUCGCUGUCACAGGAUCUCAACAUCCCCAGCAUAGAGCACCACGUCGAGACGAAGCUGACUUUAGAGGCAGAGCUCUGCAGACGGAUCCUCAUGGCUGGCUGCCAGCCCCAAGAGUCUGCGGUGCGAGCCAAGAUCAAGUCGCAGAACCCGGCCAUCCUAGCUCUGUAUCGUGGGUUCUCGAGAUUCAUGCUGGAGGACCUCGAGCUUCACCCUUUCACUCUGGGCAUGACGCGAAGUCAGAGGAAGAAGUUGUCGCCCAAGGUGGCGUUUGAGAUGAUUAUGAGAAACCAAGCAUACUCUAAUCUGGUUGAGUUGCUUCUUCCUAAUCACGUCCGUCUCUCUAUUCAUGCGUACGCUCUACUCCAAACAAUUCUCUUUGCGCCUUCGUGCUUGAGUCUAAUAAUUCUCAAUCUAAUAGUCACAACAACGCCGGCCCCAAAUUUGGGAUUCAACUCUUCGACCCCGCCGUCGUCCGCGCGGUCGAGGGCCUCUCACCGGACGGUACGCCAAUGACCUCCCGUGACCUGCUGCAUAUCCCGACGCCGUGGCACAACUGCGUCGUCGAGGUGGAGAGCAGCCCUUAUCUCCUCGUGACCAAGGCCAGUGUACCGCGCCAGGCAGUCAGCUUGGGCGCCGUGACCGGUGAAGUCUCUACCAAGAAUGCGCCCUGCUUCGUCCUCCGGCCGAAGAAAAGUGGCUCUGCAGCUUCUAAGGAGAGUGAGGUGGAGAAAACGGUGAAGGAACAGGAAGAAGUCGUCGUGGCGCCCGUGGCCGUUGCCCAGAAACCUGUCGUUACCUCUGCACCGGCCCCAACUCAGAGACCUAGGGUUGCUGCAAAGGGUAAGAGACGGUUCGACUGGGUCCGGAGGCUGGCUGCGUUCCCAGUCAUCGGCUGGCUAGGUAUGAUUUUUUAUCAUCGCUUUGUGGAGACGUUUGUUUGAAAAUGGGGUAUGAAUAAAGAUAAUGGAGUACCUACAAGUAAGAGCAUGUGAAUUGGACAAAUGGGAAACUGGGGUGUUAUAUCAGGCGGGGUUUUCUUUAUGACGCUUUUAUGUUUUGUUUUCGAACGAAAAUGUCU